UUCCGCGCUCGCUGAGGUCGAGAGACUACAUUACCCAGAGAUCAUUGCGUUUCCUUCUGUAAAGUCCGGCUGUCCGGCGUUUUUUUUAGCGCGGAUUUGCUUCUUCGCUUUUUAUCUGCUGUGGUGGCGGUUUUACUUAUUACUCAACGUGUGUAAAGUGAUGAAUAACAGGAGAAUUCUGAUGGAGCGCUCGCUAGAACACUCGGCCCAACUGAGUUUGGAAGUGCUGGAGCGCGCACAGCGGAGGAGUGUCAAAUGGCCGGCGCGCGGACCUUCGGAGGGUCCGAAAGUACAAGCGGCUAAGCUAAGAGCAACAAGGGCCACGUGCGAACACUACAAGGAAAAUGUUUCUCAGAAAGUUGAUGAUGCCUUUGGUACGAUUUUGAAUUUAAUGGCCAAUGCAACCAAACAAUGCAAGACCUAUUACAGAUCUGUCCCAGAAUGUUAUUACAAUAAGUAUGAAGCCAAUCACCUAUGUCGCUAUCAUUCAGAGAACUGUGGUCCUGCUUCAUCUAAAUCUGAGGUUUUCCUCAAAAAGCGACCACCAGAAGACUUGUGUUUUGAAGUGGCUCCAGGUACCUACAGUAUCAUGGCUUGUCCUGCCAAUGCUGAAAAACAGACAAGGGUUGUCAGAAUCGACGCAGGGGAGAGCAUAGACAUUUCUUUCUCUGUUUAAAAUACUGUUUUAGUAUGGCUUAAGUGGGUCUGUGGCAAUUAAUAAUUACUUUCUUUAAUUAUUUCACUGUUGGUAAUACAUUUCUUUUUGCACCUGAGCAGUACUAAUUGUGCAGAAAUUAUUUGCAAAAUUGUUUUUGUGAAUUUUUGUUAACUUUACAAAGUCUUUUCUGUGUAUGUGCAGUAAAUGUAUUUUAUGCAAUUUUAUUUGUUCAAUUGUACAAGAAAUCCUCUACUGUAAAUACUUCCUGACAGCAUGUUGCUUCUUAUGCACUCUGUGUGAAAAUAAUUAAUUAAUUUUGAUUUGUGUUCAUGUAAAUUGACAAUUAGUACUUUUGUUUGUGCAAAACAUGAAAAUGUAUUUUUUUACGAAACUAUUUUCAAACUUAUAUGCAGCAAUAUUGGAUUAUUUUAAUAAAUUACA